GCAGCUUCAUUGGCAUCCAAGAAUACAUCAAUUUAAGUUCAGAUCACUUUUCAUCCCAGUGUGAACUUUUGAGAGGAGCCCUAAAUGAAUUACUUCCAGAUGAAAGGUUAGCUAUCCCAUUUCACUGCACAGAGCUCAGAGACUGCAAACAACCCACCAGCCUGUAUUAUGCCCAUGGUAACAAAGCAAGCGAAAUGGCAGAUGUAAACUCCAAGAGGGCAUCUCAGUUCUUGCAAAAAUGUAUUAAGCCAGAGGACAACGGAGGGGACGCACAGCCCAAAGAGGAGAUAAUAGAAGAGCAGUCUCUCCCUGUUAUCACUCAAUCCUACCCUCAGACAGUGCAAGAGGAAAUAUCGAUGGUGUUCAACACCUACAACAUGGCAGCCAACCUCGGCCCAGCCUCCAGGAGAAAGAGGGAGAAAGGUGCGAAUCACGAUGGCACAAGCACCUCCCUCUAUGUUGACCGCCGCAAGUCCAAGGUGUGGAACUAUUACACCAAGCUGGGAGAUGCCUAUGUCGAGUGCAACGUGUGCAAGAAGCAGCUCUCCUUUCACAACAGCACCACCACCAUGCGGGAGCACCUGGUGAGGAAGCACAGCAUUCGUGACACUUUGCUCUCGCAGCUGAAGGAUGACCAGGCUUCCGAGUCUGACUGCAUGGCUCAGGAGAACAUGAUAAAGAGGUCCCGACAGAUGACACCGGAAAACUACCUGUACCAUGCCGCGUCCUGCUCGGAACCAAGGACUGAUGUGAUUUUGGAACUGGUGCUUGAGAUGAUAUUUCGUGACCUCCAUCCUCUUUCCGUGGUGAAAGACAAGGGUUUUGGCCUCCUCAUCGGGUAUCUAGAGCCUAAUUUUACCCUCCCAUCUCCUAUUCAGCUCUCCAGCAUGCUGUGGCAUAGAUACAAUGUGGUGAAGCAGCACCUGGAACGCUAUUUGCAAACAGCCCAGUCCAUAGUCAUCUGUGUGGAGUUCUGGGUGUCCCAGCCCCACCAGACAUACUUGACAAUCACGGCCAACUUCAUUGACGGGGAGUGGCGCCGGGCGAGAUGUAUCCUGGAAACCCAGCCAGUGCAUGAGACUAAAGGGGCAGGUGAUUUAGGAGAGAAGCUCUUCAGCAUCCUGACAGAGUUUGGGUUGUCGAACAAGUCCAUUUUCUGCGUGAUGCACGACAGCUUGCAGAACACAGUGAUGAAUUCGCAGCCGCUCAAGAGGGCUUAUGGCUGGACCAGCCUGUGCUGUGCUGCCCACACUCUGCACCUGUGCAUCAAGGCAGGGCUGGAGGUCGAGCAGGUGCAAGAGGCUCUGACUGCUGCCCGGGGCAUCGUGAGCUACUUCCAACAGGAUGCGAAAGCCACCUGCUCACUGAACAGCAAGCUGGAAGCGAUCAACAAGACCAAGUUGAAGCUGGUGAUGGACGUGGGAUCUCGCUGGAUAACUACCAUUGAGAUGUGCGAGAGCCUCCUGGACCUCAAAUGGGCGAUCAUGUCCCUGCUGGAGGAACAUCCCAAAGGGACGUUGGCUGUGCAGAACUUAGCUGACCACCAGUGGAAGCUCUUGCAGGACCUGGUGCCAGUCAUGAGGACGAUUAAGAUUGCCACAUCAUUCUUGCGUGAGGAGCAGAACAUCUCCAUCUCUUCUCUGAUGCCUUGCAUCCAUGGUAUCGUCACUGCCAUUGGGCAGCAGUUAGAAGAGUCCAGCGAUGUCAUCAAGAUGGUGGUAGGCAAUAUAAGGUCAGAGCUGAUGCAGCGCUGGAGUAUAUCAGAGGAUGAGAAGGUGCUGGAAAGCCCUGCGAUUACUGCCUCGUUUCUAGACCCUCGUUUCAAGGAGAUGAGGUUCCUGAGUCCCAACCUGAGGAGUGAGCUGCAUAAGAGAGUCAAAAAUAUGCUAUCAGAGGUCUUCAACCACCAGUCCCCACCUUCUACCCAGUUCUGGGUGCCGAACUCAGAUUACAAAGCAGAGGUAGGAGAAGCAGGGGUCCAGCUGUCUGCUCAUAAAGACAGAGGCCCAAGUGGCCAGUCCCAGAGCAUGUAUGACAUCCUUCUGGGGAAAGAUCCAACGGAGAGCAUGCCUGAAAUCCAUCAGCAAUUGGAAAACUACAUCGUGGAACCUCUCUGCAAACGCAGCACCAACCCACUGGACUGGUGGAAAACCAAUGAGCACCGCUUCCCCGCUGUGGCGAGAUUAGGCAGGCAGUACCUUGCCAUACCAGCCACAGUUGUGCUGCCAGACCAGGCCUUUGCUGCCAACGAGAGCACCCUGGAGCAUCGGAGAGCAGUCCUCACUCCUGAAAAUCUGGACCAGAUUCUGUUCUUGCACCAAAAUUUUGAUUUUUUAGAAUCAAUGAGAAACAAUAAUGAGAUGCGGGGCAGAAAUCUGCAUGCCCAGUAUUAAAAUGCAGUGGGGGUGGGGCUGAGUACAGAGGUGAUGUGUAACAGUGUUUACCGCUUCCCUACCUUCUCGGUGGGAUUUUGGAAAGGUGUCUGCCUAACUUCAUUCCCAUUGAAAUUAUCCUUUGAUGUCAAUAGAAGCAGAGUUAAGCCAAUGCUGAGUGUUUUCAAAAUCCUCCCUACGUGUACAACACUGUUUUUGUAACCACUUUGUGAUAGUUUCAUCCAACUCAAAUACAAUAUAAUUCCAGAGCGGAAAGAAAAUGUUAAGUUCUACCAAUUUGGACUUCUUAGCAUCACCUCUGAAUUUGGACCUAGGGCGUGCUAGUAAAAUCCUAAAGGAUAUACAAAUUCUCAUUGUAGCAAUCUUUUUACAAAACAAAGGUCAAAUAUAUUAAUAUAUGUAAAUGUUAAGACUAUUCACUGCUGCAUGGAUCCUACUACUACAUAGUCAAAAGCUGUGAGUUUUCAUGAAACAGGCCACUGUCCACUAUUUUGAGAUGUUAUUUAAAUUGCACUGAUGUUAAAAGUUUCAGUCCUCAGAGCUGCUCUCCUCUUCACCAACAGGUUGUUCCUGGUAAGAGAGAGAAGCAGAUGGAAGUUGUUCCCUUAGGGCAGCCCUUAGCAAUGGGUCACUAGACUGGAAGACAGAUCCUGUCUGUUGCCAGUUUUCGGAGGGUAUGCAUGGCUUGGUUGAGAGGAGAGAGAGCAGAAAACUUCCCACAUAAAGGGCCAGAGCCUCAGCUGGUACAAUACAUCAAUGGAGCUUUGCCGAUUUACAUCAGCUGAUGACCUGGCCCAUAAACUUGAUUCUUCACUCACACACCAGUUGUAAAGCCAUGUACCUAUCUUCAGUGGAGAUACUCCUGACUUACACUGGUCUCAGCGGCUGAAGAAUUGGAUCAUAGUAAUUUUGCAUCAGUUUAUUUAAAGUCAGAUUUAAACUGCUUCAAGCCCCUGCGUGGACACUCUUAAUUUAGUUUAAACUGGUUUAUAUCAAUUUAACUUGGGUUGGUAAAUUUACAGGCACAAGCUAAAUCAAUAUGACCAGUUUUAAAUCAGUACAAGGGUACCCACAGAGUUUGCACCUGUUUAACUAAACCAGUUUUUAACAUUAUUUAGUUAAACCAGUGAAACUUCUGUGUGUAGACAAGGCUUGGGUGAGUGGAGGCACUGUUCGAGGCCUUCCGUUUGCAUGCUCAGAAGACAGCUGGUCAUAUUUUAAGGGUUUCCUUUGCAGUUGUAAGGCUAGAAAGCUUUCUUUCAUUGUAGCAGGAUGGUGGUCAUCCUGCUCCUGCCCUGAAGGGCUUAAAAAAGCCCUGGGAGAGGGCCACAGCAGGGGAAAAGUUAGGCUGAUUGGGGGAAGCAGCCACAGCUGGGGCCACGCCCCAAUCAGGCCAUAGCUGGCCCUAUAAGAGGGCUGAGGGCCAGAGAGUGAAACACAAACACACUCUCUCUAGUUUCCCUGAGAGACAAGGACCUGAGAAGGGAAGCUCAGGCGGGUACUUAGGGUGCAGCAGUGCUGAGGAAGGGCAGAGGGAGCUGAGGAGCUCCAGCCUAGCAAAGCCCCAGGCUGCAGGUCAAGUUACGGGCCCACAAGGGUACGAUGAUGAGUGGUUUACAGACUGCAGUCCACCCCAGUGAGUGGGGGCUAGAUGGUGACUGGCAGUAGCCACUGAGGCAAGGUGGAGAUAGGGGGUUCCCCUAGGUGGGGAGACCCAGACUGUGGGUUGCUGCAGUGGGCAGAACCCCUGGACAAAGAGCACUGGGGUCCAGGAGGGACACGGGGGCCAGCGAAAGGCAAGAUAUCAGCCAGCAGAGGGCAUUCCAGAGCUGGAAAAGAGCUAACUUCCUGGACAACCAGCAGGAGGCACCGAGUCUUUGUCCCGCCACAUUCAUCUUUAACUUUAAAAAAAAAAAAACACUUUAAUUUCUGCAGAAGCUAAUGGGCAAACGUCCAGGGAAACUGUCCUACUUCCCAUGAGUGAGUAUGUUUGUCAAGCCCUUGACCUGAACAUUGCUGCUUUAGUAAAAGGCUCUCUACAAGAGCAUUUUGACUAGUGUGAGGAAGGAUUUCAUCAUCCAGCCUUGCAAAACAGCCACCAGCCCAGCAACAAAAUCUUUUUUCCAGUUCUCACAUAAUGAUGGGUGGGGGCAGGGGGGGAAACCCUAGUUAUAUUUGACUUGCUGUUCAAGCAAAAGAAAUCCAAUAACAAUUCAACUUUGCAGUUUUGCAAGAUUGUAUUGCUUCUGCAAACAAAGGGAUAGACAAAACCAGUGCAGUAAUUUACGACCUGCUAUGGUGCUUUAACAUAUUCUGAGAUAUUAACAGUGGGACUGCUAGACAGCUGAUAAGAUUUAUGACAGAUCAAACAGACCAUUAGUUCUGUUGCUGGAUCUUGUGCUGCUCUCAUCACUGUAGUAUCUGAGUGUCUUCCAGUGAUAAAAUAAACAAGGGACUGACAUGUCAUGUGUGGCUCUCAUUCCAUUACUCUCCCCUGGGGGGAAACUGCAUGUGACUAAAAAUAAAAGGAAGGAAGGCUGAUGUGCUAUAUGUUAUUAUUUGUGAUGGCUGGGUUGAAGAAGUGAGUUUGUAUUUGCAUCUGAAAGUGGUGAGGUCUGAAGUAACUCUGAAUUCCUGUGGAGGCAAAUUCCACAGCUUUGGAUGAGCCCUGAGAACGUUCUGUCUCCUGCACAAAUUAGCUUCAUCGUUCCAACAGACAAUUCCAGUGUUCCAAAGAAGCUCUAUUGACCUUUUCUUCCAUUGUAAUCUAAGCUAAUAAAAAAAAUUCCUUGGUAUCACAGCCAAUCUGAAGAAAACUAGUAAAAAACAAAAUUCUACUACGAUUGGAUCUGUUGUGCAAUUAAGAAAAACCCUGCUCCAUAAUUUGCAGUUUCCAAUUAACUAAUAUGUUCAGUUUACCCAUGGGAAUGUAAGACCUGCAAAUUUGUUAUUCACACAGAGGCUAUUGGCUGCAUGAAGUCCUUUUGUUUUAACUUAGCAUUCGCUCUGCCUGAGAGAAGCCAGGCUUUUUAUUAAACUCCAACCCAUGUUAGUUUGUCCUUUACCCAGCCUCAGCUCACUGGACCUGUUACAGGUCUGUAACGCACUUUAAGAUCCAAGCAGCUAUAGUAAUGAUAAUGACUUCCCUGUAUAUUUCACCCACCAAUGACUGUAUGAAGCUGGCACAGCAUAUAUUUAAGUACACAGAUUCACAGACUCCAAGGCCAGAAAGGACCAUUGUGAUCAUCUGGUCUGGCUUCCUGCAUAACACAGGCCACAGAACUUCCCCAAAAUAAUUCCUAGAGCAGAUCUCUUAGAAAAAUAUCCCAUCUUGAUUUAAAAAUCAUCAGUGAUGGAGAAUCCACCAUGACCCCUUGGUAAGUUGUUCCACUGGUUAAUUACUCUGACUGUUAAAAAUUUACACCUGAUUUCCAGUCUGAGUUGUCUAGCUUUAACUUGCAGCCUCUGGAUCAUGUUAUGCCUUUCUCUGCUAGAUUGAAAAGCCCAUUAUUAAUUACUGUUCCCCACCUAGGUACUCAUAGAUUGUAAUCAAGUCAUCCCUUAACAUUCUCUUUGUUAAGUUAAAUAAGACUGAUUCUUUCAAAUCUAAUG